AUGAACUUCAGAAACCUCUUCUUAUCGUUUUUCUUCCUUCUGGCUGUUGGACUGGCUCUAGUCCACGCCGAAGAAGCUAAUCAGCCCCGUGGCCCGAAGAUCACUACUAAGGUGUACUUCGACAUUGAGCAUGGUGAUAAGCCUCUGGGCAGAGUGGUGCUCGGAUUGUACGGCAAGACCGUUCCCAAGACCGCCGAGAACUUCCGGGCUCUCGCUACCGGCGAGAAAGGCUUUGGUUACGAGGGCUCUACCUUCCACCGUGUUAUUAAGCAGUUCAUGAUUCAGGGUGGUGACUUCACCCGCGGUGACGGCACUGGCGGAAAGUCCAUCUAUGGUGAGAAGUUCAAGGAUGAGAACUUCAAGAUUAGGCACACCAAGAAGGGACUCCUGAGCAUGGCCAACGCCGGCAAGGAUACCAACGGCUCUCAGUUCUUCAUCACUACUGUUCCUACUCCAUGGCUCGAUGGCCGCCACGUUGUUUUCGGCGAGGUCCUUGAGGGUUAUGAGGUGGUUGAAGCCAUUGAAAACGUCCCCAAGGCCCCUGGCGACAAGCCCCAACAGGUGGUCAAGAUCGUCAAGAGUGGAGAGCUGGAGUCUGAGGACAAAGGUAGCCACAAGGAGCUGUAG